AAGGGCUUUUCCACUCGAAGGUAAACCUAAGGAAACGAUGACUUUUGCGGUUUCUUCAUCUGGAUGCACCAAAUCCAUAGCCGUUCAACGUUUCUCAUCCGCUCGAUGCGAGCGUUUCAAUGUGGGUAGCCUGACUUUGUCACGAAGACCUUUAUCCUUCCCCAUCCUAGUAUACCCUGGUGGUCGAGACAUCAGCUCUGUCAGUGUCGCUGCAUCUUCUUCUCGCAAAAAGAAAAAGAAGCAAAAUUUGUCUCAAAAUCAUGUUAAAGAGGAGUAUGAGGAAGAGGAUGCUUUUGAGCUUCUUUUCAAGCAACUGGAAGAAGAUCUCAAAAAUGAUGAUAUGUCCUUCAACGAUAGUGAUGAUGAAAUAACUGAGGAAGACCUUGUCAUGUUGGAACGGGAGUUAGAGGAUGCACUGGGGGGAGAUGAUGCAGAAUUGUUAAGCUCAGUCUUAAGUGAUGCAGAAACUGAUGGUGAUGCUAAUAAUGGAGAAGAAGAAGAUGAUGAUGAUGAUGAUGCAGAAUUGUUAAGCUCAGUCUUAAGUGAUACAGAAACUGAUGGUGAUUCUAAUAAUGAAGAAGAAGAUGAUGAUGAUGAUGCAGAAUUGUUAAGCUCAGUCUUAAGUGAUACUGAAACUGAUGGUGAUUCUAAUAAAGAAGAAGAUGAUGACGACGACGAUGAUGAUUGUGAAGGAGAUGGGAGGCAAGUGAACCUUCGAAGUUGGCAGCUACGAAAAUUAGCUAAAGCUUUAAAAGCUGGUCGUCGCAAAACUAGUAUCAAAAGUCUUGCUGCCGAGCUCUGUCUUGAUAGGGCUAUUGUUCUUGAUUUGCUCCGUGACCCUCCUCCAAAUCUUCUAAUGAUGAGUCUGUCAUUACCUGAUGAGCCCAGAGCACCAGUACUAGAACGUGAAGCUAAACCCUCGGAGACUGUUCUUGAAGAUAUACGCACAGAUCAUGUAGAGCCUGAGGCGAAGUCUAAGGUUCCUGUUCAUGUCAUGCAACGUAGAUGGUCUGCUCAGAAGAGAUUGAAAAGGGUACACGUUGACACUCUGGAAAGAAUUUAUAAGAGAACAAAACGGCCCACUAAUGCAAUGAUCAAUAGCAUCGUGCAUGUGACCAACCUUCCUCGGAGGAGAGUUGUUAAAUGGUUUGAAGAUAAACGUGCAGAGGAUGGCGUUCCUGAAGAUCGAGUUCCGUACCGGCGUUCUGUUGCCGAAGCUCUUUGAAGCUUGCUCCGUCGUUUAUCUAUAUGUUAAUAUAUGAUACUCCCCUUUAAAAUCAGUAGGUAUUUUUUUCGUUGAACAUUAUUAGGUAUCUUUCAAGUAUUGCCUUAAAAAAUAUGAGGCAUUUUUAGUCUUUUAAGUAUUUGUUAAUAAUGUUUUUUUGAUCUAGACACUUUAUUGAAUAAAGGUAAUCAUAAAAAGAA